CGACCACCACGACCCCUACCUCGUUCUACCACAUUCAAUCAAACUGUGGUCUGCCGGGCCUCUCACUUUACGCUAUGGAGCAGGCUGCACCCAAUGGAGUGCAUACUCGUCUGACGGCCGAUUUUCCUGAGCUCGCAAACCUCUCACGAGAGGAUCUGGAAGAUCUCCUAGCGGAUCCGGCGUACUUCCAGGCUAUAUUCCACAGCUUGCCGCAAGUGAAACUGCUCUACCAGGGUCAAGCCGACCUAGGGUCCGCAAAUGAGACGAUCGCGAAGAACAACCUUGCGUAUCAGGAAGAUCUGUACAGGUUGCGGAGCGAAACACAGGAGGCCUUCGAUUCAGCCAAGAGUCUCGAGGCUCGGUGGAAGGAGCUGGAGAAGGAGCAACGCGAGGCUUACCAGCGCUACGAUCCACAAUUCCUGCUCAUGCGGCUACGGCAUGCGACCAUCGCGCAGGACGACUUGUCGGAGGCACGCGCGAACGCAUUCGUGCAAGGAUCUGCAUCGGACCCGGACCCCGUCCCGCUCACCGGCAAGGACAUCGACGACUUCGUGAAGGAGUUCCGCGAGCUCCGGAAGACAUAUCACAAGCGGGUGAUGUGGGGAGAGCGGUGGGCUGCGGGCGACGUUGCCUGGCGGAACGAUUGAUCGGAGGCGGGGAAACGAUAUGCAUACGCGCACGUUGGACUUUCUUUGACUGGACGCUUGCUUACGAAUUUGUUGUAGCAUAGAGUGUAGUAUGUGGGAUACCCCACUUAUACCCC